UAUUUUUUGCAUUGAUUGCGUGACUAUAAUAACGCGAUAGUGCGUUUUCCGUUCUCGUCUUUUUUUCUACUUCCAUGUAUAGAAUUUCGGACAAUUCUUGCGUUGGUGGUUUUUUGCACCGUUUAUUGACUCGUUCGUUGACAUAAUGAGGUUGAUUACGAUUACUGAGGUCGUGUUGUUGAUGACAUUUUACGGUCUUUCCGGUGCGAUGACAGCUGAACCGAGCACGUUUAUGGCAGAGGAAAUAUGGACCACCUGGAAGCAUCAUCAGGAAUAUGACAAAGAAUUCGACAAUGUCAGUCUCAACACGCUGGAAAUGAUAAGGAGAGCGGGUUAUCCCGCAGAAGCUCAUGUUGUAACGACGGAGGAUGGUUAUCUUUUGACGUUACAUCGUAUCCCAGGUAGCAACAAUUCUUUACCAAUAUUACUGCAACACGGUCUUUUAUGCAGCUCCGCUGACUGGGUCUUUCUUGGCAAAGGCAAAGCACUUGCUUACUUAUUGGCGGAUCAAGGUUACGAUGUCUGGUUAGGCAAUUAUCGUGGUAAUACCUACUCAAGGGCGCAUAUUCACCUGUCUCCGUCAAACUUGACAUUUUGGGACUUUAGUUUUCACGAAAUGGGUAUCUAUGAUUUACCCGCAAUGAUCAAAUUUAUCACGACCAUGAGAAUGCAACCACUGCACACGUACAUUGGUCAUUCGAUGGGAACAACGGGUUUUUAUAUAAUGGCGUCAGAAAGUUCGGAAAUUGCUGAAAAGGUACGAAUGAUGAUCAGCUUAGCACCAGCGGUCUUUAUAAGCCAUAUGAAAAGUCCGAUAAAAUAUUUGUAUCCUUUCUGGAGAGAAUAUAAGAAUAUUAUGCAAUCAUUCUUUCACGACGAAUUACUACCGCAAAACAAUUUACUGAAAUUUUUAACGACAUAUGUCUGCAAUCAAAAUGUUAUCGAGGAGAAGAUCUGUGCCGACCUACUGUUUAUGGUCUGCGGUUUCGAUCGCGAGCAGUUCAAUUACACUCUGAUACCCUUCAUUCUGGGUCACGAUCCGGCCGGCACCUCUUCUAGGACACUUCUACAUUUCGUUCAGGAAUAUCAUUCAGGAAAGUUUCGUCAAUACGAUUACGGUUGGAUGAAAAAUCUCCUGAAAUAUAAGUCCCUGGAUCCUCCGGACUAUAAACUGGCAAGUAUUAAGUUGCCAAUCGCGUUGUUCUACGGCCCUGGCGAUUGGUUGGUUAAUGUGAAGGAUGUGAAGAAGCUUUAUUCAAUAUUACCCAAUGUAAUAGAUGCGUAUGCAGUGCCAUGGUAUAAAUUCAAUCAUGGAGAUUUUAUUUGGGCCACGAAUGCACCCGAACUCGUGUACAACAGAAUCCUCAAACUCAUGAAGCCGGAGGAUCUAAAUAAUGUUACAUUAAUAGGAUGAUACUAUAUUGUCAAUCAAAAUGGAAAAUAAAUAUUAUAUUAAAUACAAAA